CCCUCCGUAGCGCCCGUGAAUCUGAAUGUCCUUUGAUUGCGUUGCGCAUUGAAUGCUACUGUAUGUCACGAUGGAUCCCUGUAUGUCACUCGUACGUGUUUAAUGACAACGUUCAGCUGUGUCUGAAAAUUAAAAUGCUGGUAUAAUGCUGGAAUAAUCAACUAUGAGUACACACGUGAACAUUAUAAGCCCCAUGGCUGACUUCUAAGAAGAAAGGAGAUCUUCCCCUAACUUCAUGAGAAGGUGUUAGAAGUUUGGUUUGCAGCCAUGUCAGUCCAACGUUCAGAUGGGAUGUCCAUCGCCCAUGCUUUGGCCAUGACUGUUGCAGAGAUCCCUGUGUUUCUAUACUCUACAUUUGGACAGUCAGUUUUUUCACAACUUAAGCUCACUCCAAGCCUAAAGAAGGUGCUGUUUGCUACAGCACUUGGAAGUGUGGCCUUGGCUCUCACUGCUCACCAGCUAAAACGACGAGGGAGAAAAAGAAAAGCAAAAGAAACCCAGAAGACUGUAGGAAUUCCAGAUGACCUGAUUAAAGCAGGCCGACCCUCAUCAUUAAAGCGUGGUCCACCCACAGGACGGCAAAUGAUGAGCCCCAGUACUCGCAGCAAUGACACUAUGAGUGGAAUAUCUUCACUUGCUCCCAGUAAACAUUCAAGCUCUUCACAUAGCCUGGCAUCUAUGAGAGUACCAAGCUCUCCAAAUCAAUCAGCAAAACCAGCUAUGGAGGAUGAGGUUGUUGUAGAAGAAAGAUCAUUAGUAGAAGAUGCAAAUGCAGAAAAUCUUUACUUAAUGGGAAUGGAGUUGUUUGAAGAGGCACUGAGAAAAUGGGAGCAGGCGCUGAACAUACGUCACAGCACAGAGUCCACAUCCAGCAACAACAGCCUUGCUCUGAGAGGAGCAAUGUAUGAACAACCUGCUUCGAAUGAAACUCGAAACAAAGUGUUUGCGGAGAAACUGGAAACAUUAUUACAUAGGGCAUAUCAUCUUCAAGAGGAUUUUGGGAGCAGUAUCCCAGCAGAUAGUGUACUGGCAGACUUUGAAAGUGAAGGCACUCUUAUUUUGCCUUGUGUGGAAAGCUUUCACAGACUGCAAGAUGAUGAUGCAACCACUGUAACUUCUGAUGACUCUUUCUUUUCAGCUGCAGAGAUUUUUGAUGCUUUAUCACUAGAACAAGUGUACCAACCACUAAGACCAGCAGCACUUUAUGAGGAAGCUCUUUCUCUUGUACGGGAGGGAAAAGUAGCUUUCAGAUCAUUACGGACAGAAUUACUUGAAUGUUACAGUGACCAGGAUUUUCUUGCCAAACUUCACUGUGUGAGACAAGCAUUCCAGAUGCUUCUGUUGGAUGAAAGUCAUCGAACCUUUUUCAUGGAGACUGGGAAACAAAUGAUUGCUGGCCUAAUGGUAAAGGCAAACAAAAGUCCUAAAGCAUUUUUAGAAAGCUAUGAAGAUAUGCUGCUUUACACUAAAAGAGAGGAAACGUGGCCUGUCACUAAGAUGGAGUUAGAAGGUCGUGGAGUGGUGUGCAUGAACUUUUUCGACAUAGUUUUGGACUUUAUUCUGAUGGAUGCAUUUGAAGACCUGGAAAAUCCUCCAUCCUCUGUAGUUGCUGUGCUUAGGAAUCGUUGGUUGUCUGACAGCUUUAAAGAGACGGCUUUGGCCACUGCCUGUUGGUCAGUCUUAAAAGCCAAAAGACGUCUUCUCAUGGUUCCUGACGGGUUCAUCUCACAUUUCUAUGCCAUAUCAGAACAUGUAAGCCCAGUUUUAGCAUUUGGAUUUUUAGGGCCGAGGCAGCAUCUAAGUGAAGUGUGCACAAUUUUUAAGAAGGCGUGCUUGCCAUUGGACGGCUGCCUCCGUGUUGGGGCCUGUGUGAGCCCCGGGUGCCCUCUCUAUUGGACACACACGCGUCUGAGGCGGAGCGCACAGACUGCCCGGUUGUGUCCGGGUAAGAUGGCGUUGGAAGAACAGUGCUCGGCACCAGCUCGAUGGCGGUCUAUAUCUUUAACACACAUAGAGUUUGCUGAUGGUGACUUGACAGGACAAGUGCUGGCCUACAUCAGUUUGCUGCCCAUUGCUAUUCUUGUGGGGUUUGUUACACUCAUAGUGUUCAAGCGGGAACUACACACGAUAUCAUUCUUCACUGGAAUCCUUCUUAAUGAAGGGGUAAACUGGUUGCUCAAGCACAUAUUCAGAGAGCCUCGCCCAUGUGCAGGAUCUCACUCCAAUGUGCCAACUGAGUAUGGAAUGCCUUCUAGUCAUUCGCAGCUUAUUUGGUUCUUUGUUAUUUACUUCUUCCUUUUUCUUUAUUUGAGAAUGCAUCAAACAAACAAUGCUCGAUGUGUGGAUCUGCUAUGGAGGCACAUAUUGUCAAUCAUACUGUUGGGCAUUGCUUUAUCAGUGUCCUACAGCAGGGUUUAUCUGCUCUAUCAUACAUGGGGCCAGGUUUUCUAUGGUGGAAUAGCUGGUACUACGAUUGGUAUAAUAUGGUUCUUCUUUACGCAAGAGGUGCUGACACCAUUAUUCCCUAAAAUAGCAGCCUGGCCUCUGUCAGAAUACUUCCUGGUGCGAGACACAAGCCUGAUCCCCAACAUUCUAUGGUUUGAGUAUACAGUCACACGAUCAGAGGCGAGGAAUAGACAACGGAAGCUUGGAACAAAACUUCAGUGAUUUACUGAAGACAUUUGGUGACUCCUGGUUUCACAUCAUACAGAAACACCAAGUUGCAUAAAUUUUAAAGUAAGAAGAAAUUCACACUGGAGCGAUAUUGUUUGGGCUAUCAAGGCACAACAGUUUACAGUUUGCUAAAAUGUGCCUCAGUCUUUCAGGGACUUGAGUCUGAGCAAGUCCGUCCGCACACCUCUUUCUUUUACAGCUUGCCCAAAAUGCUCUUCAUGCAUGCAAGACUGUAUGAGAGGUAUCCUAUUUAAUGAUAAAUUAAUAAAAAAUUGUUUUUUAAAUAGGUGCACGUUGACUGUAAAGGUGUACCAUAAGAUUUCCAAAGGCAAAAAAGCCUUGUUAAAUGAAAAUGGUGGGCGUAUUUGCAGCAUGCAUUUAGUGAUUCCUUUUUUUUAUUACAAUUAUUAUUCCAUUGGUUAGCUGAUGGGAAAACGUGGGUAUGUGGAGUGUGGUACAGGUGACUUGGGGUUGUGAAUUUAUUACCAUUGUGUUAUUUUUAUAUAUAUAUAUAUGUAUAUGUAUAUAUAUAUAUAUAUAUAUGUACACACACACACACAAUUUCUUUUCUAUAAUUGGUUGCAUAUUUUAAGUGACAUUUUGCACUUUGUGAAAUAUAAAUGUAAGGAAACAAGUGACACUAGUUCAAUGUUAAAACCCUGUAAUUUUUUUUUUUUUUUUUUUGCUUUCUGACUGUCAGUCCUGUAGUAUGAGACUUCAGAGCUAACCUGAAACCAGUUUAAAUGUACAGCCUUGAUUGCUGGAGCCGUUUCUGCUUUUAUCAUAAGGAAUUUAAGGUAGACUUCACAGCAAUAGGUUUCAGUUAUUUUUGUUGUCAAAACACACUGGACUGAAAUGUUUCCUUAUUUUCGCAUACAGUAGCAGCCUGGGAACAGUUCUAAGGAAGGGUUAUCUCUCAGUUUAUCUUAUCUGUUAUUGCAGAGAAAUGUUUUGUUUUACUUACAUUCAACACAACAUUCCAUAUUUUAUAGUGGCUCAUGCCCAAUGACCACAGAGGAACUAUAUUUUCUUUUUGUGUUGUUGUAAAGAAAAAGAAAAUUUAUCCUCAGGUCACCUGUAGCAUCCUGUUUAAGCUUAAAUCCUCACUGAAAACACCAGCUGAUGUGAAAAGCUGACUAGUGAGAACCCCAAGCUGAUCUUAAACUGUCAUAUCAUUAGAUCUAAAGGGAAGUACUUCUCUUUUUCCAUGUGUAAUCUAUAUUGGGAUGAAUUAAAUGAGUGUUUAUGUAAAAAAAAAAAAAA